CACCAACCACCAACUGCCCUCCUCCACAGGCCACUUUCUCUACUAGUAGUUUCUCCCCCAGCAUUCGUGUGGGUUUCUAUUCUCAGGUUGGCUCAAACUUUUCUCUCCUCUCACUGGUGUUUCUCUGAUCACCAUCCAUUGUUCCGGCUUAGGCAUUUCGGCGCCGAUUUACCGUCCCACCGCUGUAGGUGGAUCGUGGUGGCUAUUCGAUAUAAAGACGCAGGGCGUCCCGUCGAUUUCAGCCAUCAUUCAUCACGCACCAUCCUUCUUUCUCCUAUACCCAGGAUUGUACUAUUUCAGGACCUAUCCACGAGCCUAUCAUCUAUCUUGUCCCCCUUCACACCAUCUUUCCACCAACACAAUUCAGCAUGAAGUUCCUCGCCUCCUUCGCUUUGCUGGCGUCCACCGUGGCAGCCGGUCCCAUCGCGUACCCUCGCGCGGCCAGCAACGCCACCGGGACCUUCCACCUCAAGACGACCGGUGCUUCCAAUGAGGAUCACAACAACCUCUACGUCUAUGCCUACCACACGGGUGCUGGGUUCAAUGAUGCCGUGCUCACGUCAGAUGUUGGAACGGCCAGCCCGGCGUUCCUGAACGGCACGCACACUCAGUUUGACCUUGGCACCCCCUUCCCCUGGGGAUUCAAGAUGGGUGCCCAGAACAACUAUGCAGCCUGGGAGUCCGUCCAGAUCAACACUGGAUACGGCGACGAAGAUUUCUCCAUCAGUGGCACCAACUUCGAGUGGUCGGAAGCGAAUGGCUUUGGAGGCUGGCUGGUGUGUGAUUGGUACCACAACGCACCCCAGCUGUUCUACAUCUACAAAUACUACCAGCCCGAUAUUCCUUCCUCUUGCAGCGAGGUUGACCUGACGGCCGAAUACACUUCCUAAGAACGAUGUCUAGACCCCGCCACUGGCCCUGAGAAGGGCUCGAUGACGCGCGUGGCGUGGAUGAUGAUUCAUAUGACCCGAAGGACUUGGGAGGAUACGCCUCUCUCCCAACCCGACACAGAUUGGACCCUGUAUCAAUACGCCUGUGAAACGACCGACGCUAGUAAUGUUAAUACUAAUAAUGAUGUGUGUGUGAGUGAGAUUUGAUGACCGGGG